AUGCACUGCGUUGCACAUGGUUUAUGUGCGUCAAUCAAUUAUAAAACUUCAGGAAUUGGGAAAGGUUUGUGCGAGCUCAACAGCAAGAAGACUCAAGAAACAUCCGAUGUUGAUGAAAAAGCGAACCCUGAAUUCAACUAUCUUCAUCUUAUUGUUCCAUUACAAAAUAACGUCUCGCUCGAGCAAUAUGAUGUUUAUUGUCACAUGGAUGCAAUAUCUGGGUGUGGAGGAGAAGGCUGGACCCUAGUGAUGAAAAUUGAUGGCAAUAAGAACGAUUUCAACUAUAGCUCUUCAAACUGGACCAACAAGGUAGCCUACGAAGUCGAAGAUGGUCUUGAAGGCUUGACAGAAAAACAAACAAAACUGGCUUCCUACUGGAACACACCAUUCAACAAGAUUUGCCUCGGAAUGAAAGUCGAUAAUCAGACAAGAUGGAUAACGCUGAACUACGCCGCAAAGUCGUUAUACAACGUCAUCGGAGAUGGAAGUUUUAAAAGCACAAGUGUCGGGAGGGAUGCAUGGAAAUCUCUUAUCGAUGGUUCUGUUUUGCAGAAUAACUGCAACGAAGAAGGAAUCAAUUAUGUAGGCAAUAAUAAUGGACGUACCCAUUUUGUGCGUGCACGGAUUGGUAUUGUGGCAAAUAAUCAAAACGACUGCAAAAGUUGUGACUCGUGUAUUGGUUUUGGCACUUCAGCUCGAUGUGACGAUGAUAUAAGAAACACAACAUGCGGUAAUAUAGCUGUUUGUGGUCAGAUGGGAAACAAAAACACACCAGCAUUUGGAUUUAUACUUGUACAUUAGUCUCGCACGAAAUCUGUGGGAAGCAUACUCACAAUGCCGUAUAGUUGGGAGCCUAAUUGCAUGGCAUGGGGCAAAAAUUCCUAUAUUUGUCUUUUGGCCAACAGAUUUAUUUCUUUUGACUUAAGGUUAUUUGGA